AAACACAGCUGAAAAUUAUAUUCCUUCAUCUUUACCCUGGAGAUUCGCAAGAAAAAGUGAAGCCAGGGAAAGGCAUGGCAAGGAAGAAUGAAACAAAUGAUGCUGUGAUCCAGGUUGAAGAUCAGGGAGCAAUCUCUUCUCCAGGGGACGAUGUCCAAGGGGGACGGUCUUCACCACCACAGCAACCUGAUGAAGAAAAUUCGCAACCUGCAGAGAAGGGUACGGCCAAGGAUGAUGAAACCAGCCCCCAUGAUGGAGAGAAGCGAAGAGGAAAACGGGCACCUUUCGCUACCACCAGAACAGUCCUCCAAAACCACACUCCGCCUUUCCGCCUCCUCGACACUAACCCGACAACGCACCCUGCUCUUGCCCAUCAUCGCUGGGAAGAAGGCAACUGCUUCCUCAAAAACACCGAGCAAAGAUUCCACCCGUUUGACAUUGAAGAUCACUGUUUCAUUAACGGAGAAGAGAUGAUUGUCGAAGGCAUUACUCUUCUCACAACAGUCUUCUGCAAAAAUGGAAAGGAUAAGAUAUUCUAUCCAAAUUCAGUUUUAACUACUUUGCCCAUCAAAAACUGUUACAGGGGUGUGGUUGACAUGGAUUAUUCCGUCGAGUUUUCUAUUGACAAUUCCAUUACAAACGAGCAAGUUGAAAAUCUGAAGUCUCAAAUAAAAGUGUUCUUGGAAAAUGAUCCUAAGUCAUGGCUCCCAGAAUUUCGAAUUGUGCACAAGGAAAUUGAAGACGGGAAGAUGAAAAUGGUUCUGUGUGUUUCUUGUUGCAACAUAAACCUUAAGGACCAUGAGGAGACGAUGAGCGAGAGGAGAUCUGAAUUAGUGGACAAGCUAAGGAAUGUUUUUACACAUGAUAUCAAAAUCAAAUACUAUGACAUUCGGCCUCAAGAAGUUGAUCUCCUCCGUUCCUCAUCUCGCCGCCGGCUCGAUGAAUCUCGCUCUUUUCUCCUUCCACGUUAAGAUUCUGCUCAAGGUGCAAUUGAUGCUGGUUUUCAAGUCAGGAAAUUUGUUUGGGUUUCUGCUGUGUUUCUGUUUCAAGAUUGGAUUCAAUUUGCUGUACUUGUGUGAGGUGGUGGGAUUGUAUGUAGGGAUUUAUAUCUUUUUCUGCUUUAAUUUGUUUGAUGGACGAAUGAAAGUAGCUCAUUAAUAAAUUGCGUUAAUUAUC